AUGCUGUACCUUCGUCGCGUAGUGACCCGCGCACCCUCACACUGCCGCGUAUUCCAGCGGUCAGUUGGCAUCGUGGGCCUGCCCAAUGUAGGCAAAUCUACACUGUUCAACGCUCUUACCAAGACCGAGGUAGCCCAGGCCGCCAAUUACCCGUUCUGCACCAUCGACCCGAACGUGGCUCGCGUGGCUGUUCCUGACGAGCGUGUGCGGCACCUGGCGGAGGUGGAAAAGUCCAAGCGCGUGAUCGAGACGCAGCUUGAAUUCGUAGACAUCGCCGGAUUGGUGCGCGGCGCCUCUAACGGCGAAGGACUCGGCAACAAGUUCUUGGACAACAUUCGUCAAGUGGCGGUGAUCGCCCACGUGGUGCGAUGCUUCGAAGACACCAACAUUCUUCAUGUUGACGAGUCAGUGGACCCUAUUCGUGACUUGGAGACAAUUCGCACUGAGCUGAUCCUUGCCGACUUGCAGACAGUGGAAAAGCGACUGACUAAUCUGGCGAAGAAGAAGAAAUCGGCGGAUCCGACAAUUCCGUCUUUGAUGGAAGUUCUGAAGCGCUUGCAGCCUCACCUGGAAGAUGGAAACCUUGCCGAAGGAAUGACAUUCGAGAAGCCAGACGAACAGCUGCAGUUCGAACGUUUGCAGCUGCUGACAGCCAAGAAAGCGCUGUACCUGUGCAAUGUUUCAGAGGCUGACGCGGCUACGGGCAACGAGAUGACAGAGGCGGUUCGUGAGCGUGUUGAGGCCGAGGGAAGCGUGUGUCUGACGGUAUCGGGCUCGUUGGAGGAAGCUGCUGCCUCUUUCGAGGAUGACGAAAGUCAGCUCGAGUACUUGAGCGAGAGCGGAUUGGAUGAAACUGGGUUGACAAAGGUCAUUCGUGCCAGUCAGGAGCUGCUACAGCUGCAGACCUACUACACUGUUGGCGAGAAGGAGGCGCGCGCCUGGAAUGUGUUGGCCGGAUCGACUGCAGCGGUGGCGGCGGGUGUGAUCCAUUCGGACUUUGAGAAGUUACUCAUUCGCGCAGAGACUGUUGGAUACGAGGACUUUGUGAAGUCUGGCAGUAUGCGUGCGGCGAAGGAGAAGGGUCUGCUCCGCUCGGAAGGCAAGGACUACAUCUGUCGGGAUGGCGACAUCUUCAACUUCCUUGUAGGGAAAUAG